UUUAUUGCUUAUAAUAAAUCUUCAGUUUUCAGUAAUUAUAGUGGCAACAAUAAUUAACUUCAUAUUACAUAGAUAAACCAUAACAAUGCUCUUGUAUUUAAACCAACUCUUGAUGCCAUGCAAUUCUUAUGUCAGGAUAAUUGAAGGGGCUCACAGUUAAAGUCUUCAGGAACUAGUUUAAAUAACUUGUAGACAUUUCCUUAAAUUAAAAUGUUAAAAAUAAUUAAAAUUCUAAUUUGAACAACCCAAUAAUUAUGGCAAACUACUAUAAAAGUUAUGUCUAUAAAUGAUAUUCCAGGAGAAUGUAAUCUAGUUAAUCAGAACAACAUGUCAUAUAUCAAGAUUAACCAAGAAAAGGAAAAGGGAACUGAUGGUUCAACUUGACUUCAUUGAGUCACAGUAAUAAAAGGAGAAAGCAUAAAAUGUGGUACAGACAAACCUAUCAGUACAUUUACAGAGCCUAUCAACUCACUAAUAUUUUUUUCUGAUCUUCAAAGGUUACAUUUUUCAAAACAUAGGAGAUUUUCAGUGCAGAUCCUUCCUUUAAUCAAAAUAUAAAUGCUAUCAAUAAUAUUUCCAAGGUGUUAUUUGAAUAAUUUAUUAAUAUCUAGGAGUUAAUGUUCAUAUACUAUGCUGCUUUUCAGCAAUAAUGGUUCCAAAAGGAAGGAUACAUAAAGAAGACAAUAUGAAUACUCUAUUCAUAUAGUUUUUGUUAAACAUAAUUCCAAGAUAUAGGGAUAUGGCACGCUUAAUAAAUAAACAUGAGUAAAUAUGGGAAUCCAGCCAAACCAGACAUUUCAUUUCUUUUAUUAAUGGCUUAUUAGGGUUUCCUGCAAUUAAAAUAGCAACAUGUCCAGUAAAAUAUGAAUUCAUACACACAAGCUGGAUAAUGCAGUUAAGAGACCUUUGGAGUAGGCAUCAUAAUAAAUCUAAUGAAGAAGAAAAUGAGAAGAGAAUCAAUUUUUGAUUGUCAAUAGCUUACAGAUUUUUUCAACAAAACAGCUUAUACAAAGCACCAUUCUUCUACAGUGAGGGCUGGGAGGUACAGUUGUUGUUAACAUAAUGAAUUACAGGGAAUAAUUAUGGCAACAUGCAGAUACAUAAUAGUAAAACUAUUUACGUAAAUGCAGCUCAAACAAUUCCCGAUGAUUUCUGCAGCAGAUUGGGCAUUCUCUUUUGUUGGAUAUUAUGAUGCAGUUGAUAUUAUGGAUGCUGUUGAUUCGUUGUUGAUAUAUAUGGACUCAAUGGACUAUUUCUCAGAAAGGCAGGAGAUAAAGCCACUACAGAAAUCACUCACAGAUGUACUGUUGAAUCUGUAUAUCUGUAUAUUAUUUGUUGUUAGGAAUUAUAGUCUCUCCCCUGCUCACUAUACAUUUUUGUGUGACAGUGGUUUUCUUCGUAGUCAUAUUAAGUGUUGCAGUUGUUUAAGAAUUUCUAUAUUGUUGGAAUGGGUAUUUCUGAACUUCUAAGUUUCUAUGGAUCAGAGAUUAAUAGUUUUGUUUAUAUUCAGGCAGGCAAGCUAUACUAAUGGAUUUUUUUUUCUUCAACUUAAUUUAGAAUCCAUUAAAGUUUUUUUUUAUUUCAUUCUGGGGUUCUUUUUUUUUUGCAAUUUUGUCUAGGUUGGCCUAGUUAUCAUUUUGAUCAUCUACUUUAGAAAGAUGUGUAAAAUCAAGUGGGUUUUUUGCCGCAAAUAGGGACAUAUGAAUGCUGAUUUUUUAAAAAAGCUAUUUCAAAUGAAGUUAAAAAUAAAGAAAGAUAGGAGUCCCUACUGGGUAGAUUGAUUCAUUGGGUUGUUGUUUAUAUGCAGGUGUUCUGCAACAGAUUCCUCCUGCUCUGCUUGUACUCAUUGAAGUGUCUGAAGAUGACCUUCCAUAUGAUUACUUUUCUGUGCAUAAGUAAAAUGGUUUUUAAUGAAAUCAGUAUACAUGCAAAAUUGAUAUUUAUUUUUCCUCUCUCCUCAAGAUGGCUACAGGUCUUAAUGGGUUGCCUCCAGUAAUGGUAGCACAGCUCCCAGAAGACAGGAAACAACCUACAUGAGAGAAGACCGACACUUCCUGUACUGUGGAAUCAAAGCGAUGGAAUUGUCAGACAGUGACCGACCGGUUAGCUUCAGCUCAACAUCUUCCUCAGCAUCCUCCAGAGAUAGUCACUGUUCCUGUGGCGGCAGAACAACCUUGGUUUCCAACAGUCAUCUGGGUUUGUUCAAUCAGGACAAGGAAGUGGGGGCCAUAGUUGGAGCUGCACCAACCCAACAGUUGCCCAGCAAAGAGCUAAGAAAAAAUAACCCUAUCAAGGAACAGCUCUCUGAUGGAAAUAUUGGAAGAAAGCCAAAUAUGCCACGAAAACCUGAAACAAAGGAAAAUAACAAAAAUUAUGUCAUGUCACUGAUAGUUGAGUCUACAAGUCCAAAACUCCUGUAUGUUGACAGAGUGGUCCAAGAAAUUCUAGAGGUGAAAGAACAUGUGCAGGAUUUAAGAAGUAUUGUGAAGUGUAAGUGUGAUUACCUUGAUUGUAUCACUGACCAAUCCAAGCUGUCUUUGGGUACAGAGGAGCGAUCGGCUUUGUUUGGAAACAUAAAAGAUAUUUAUCAUUUCAAUAGUGAACUUCUGCAAGAUUUGGAAAACUGUGAAAAUGAUCCUGUAGCUAUAGCAGAAUGCUUUGUUUCUAAGAGUGAAGAUUUCCACAUAUAUACACAGUAUUGUACCAAUUAUCCAAGGUCAGUGGCUGUACUCACCGAAUGCAUGAGAAACAAGUCCUUAGCCAAGUUUUUCAGAGAAAGACAAGAAGCUUUACAACAUUCUCUUCCUUUGGGAUCCUAUCUUUUAAAGCCUGUUCAAAGAAUACUGAAAUAUCAUUUACUUUUGCAUGAGAUAGAAAACCAUCUUGACAAGGACACUGAAGGUUAUGAUGUUGUGUUAGAUGCCAUUGAUACAAUGCAGAGGGUGGCAUGGCAUAUCAAUGAUAUGAAGAGGAAGCAUGAACAUGCCAUUAGAUUACAGGAAAUACAAAGCUUACUUACGAACUGGAAAGGCCCAGACCUUGCGAGUUAUGGAGAGCUGGUGCUAGAAGGAACUUUCCGCAUCCAGAGGGCCAAAAAUGAACGCACGUUGUUUCUCUUUGAUAAACUGCUGCUUAUUACAAAGAAGAGAGACGAGACAUUUACUUAUAAAGCUCAUAUCUUGUGCGGCAAUCUUAUGCUGGUAGAAGUCAUACCGAAAGAACCUCUUAGCUUCAGCGUCUUCCAUUAUAAAAAUCCCAAGAUGCAGCAUACCGUUCAGGCAAAAUCACAACAAGAUAAGCGCCUUUGGAUUCUUCAUUUGAAAAGAUUAAUUCUAGAAAACCAUCCUGCUAAAAUUCCAGCUAAGGCCAAGCAAGCAAUUCUUGAAAUGGAUGCAAUUUAUCACCCAGGGUUCCAUUACAGCCCAGAAGAAAUGAAAGCUUCAAGUAACUCUAAAGAGGGCAUCACUCCACAAAGGAUGAGAAGGAAAUCAGAACCUUCUUCCAGAGUUCAUAAAAUCACAAAAUCAAGUGAAAUGGACCCAAAUUUGCAAAAGCGGAUGAGUACUGAAGGAACCCUGCUAUCUCAGACCGAGUUAUUCCUCAGUCCCAGGAAGAAUCAUUCACUGAAUUGCCAACGACUAGAUUCAAAUGAAGCAGCCUAUAGCAGUGGUCAGGAGGAUAAUAUUCUCACAUAUGUUACAGAGCAGACUGAUGCUGAUGAUGAAGAAGAGACCGAACAAAGCACUCAACAUUUUCAGCAAAAACCAAAGGGAGGCCGCAAAAGAUUGAAUAGUCAAGUUACUGAAAAUUUUGAGAAGCGAAGGACUUUUAAUCUCAACAUAUGUGAAAUUCAGAACUCCAAAAAACGUACAGAUGAAGCUCCUUCCCAGAUGAACACAAAGCUUUCAUUUUCCUGCAAUGAGGAUAGUCGGUUAUCUGAACAAUUUACUCCCCAAAACAACUCAUUUGUGGCAAAUAUUUUGGGGAGAACAGCUGCAGUGAGAAAUAUCUGGACAGACCAUCAAAUUCGGCAAGCAUUGUUCCCAAGUAGACGACCUCUGCAAGACAAUAUAGAUGAUGAUGAUGAUGAUGAUUACCAAAUGUUCAUGCCAUCAGACUCCACAUCCAAUUUAACUUCCAUUGCAUGUGAAGAAAGGACCCCAUCAAACCGUCCUUGCAGUUGGCAUUUAGGACUAGUCCAUAAAAAUGAUAUUUCCAACCUGAACUCCCAUAGAAUUAUGAGGCGGGCCAGCAGCGCUGGUGAAAGUAAAACUGGAGCAAGAUAUAGAAAGAAUUACCAUGAUCAAAGUGCCUCUUGGAAUGAAAUUAAAAACUCCAGAAGUGACAUGGACAAUCUUCAAGAAUGUCAGGAAUCUUCAGAAGAAUUGACUAUAGAUGACAUAGAUCAUGUCUAUGACAACAUAAGUUUUGAAGAUUUGAAGUUAAUGGGGCUGGCUCAGAGGGAAGAGUCCAACCAUGCCCCACAAGGGUCAGCUAAAGAUUCACUCUAUGAGACAUAUGACGAAGACUAUUCUUUCAAAAAAACUCAAGCAUCUCAAAACAGGACUUGUAUUCCUAGCAGAAAUGAAGCCAUUCCCAGGAGAGAGCCUUCACCUGUAAGGUCUUAUGAGUUAAGGAUUAGUGAGGAAAAUAUCUAUGAUACCAUACGCCUUCCAGAAGAGUCAGUGUCAAAUUUCAAAAGUGAUCCCCUUAAAUGUUCCAAAAAGAGAAGUUUUCUGGGUAUGGAAACAGAUUUUACAUGCUGUAACCAGUUCCGACAAUUUGUUUCUGAAGAAAGCCUCCAAUUCAGUGAAGAUGAAAAUCCCUAUCAUUACGUUCCAUUAGAUCGUGGCUGCUUAAAUUUGGCAGAGAGUUCCUCAAAUUCUGAUUCACACUCUCACAAGUCUGUUGCAGAUAAAUUAUCAGAGGAAGUAGAUGAAAUCUGGAAUGACCUGGAGAAUUAUAUCAAGAAAAAUGAAGAAAAGUCACGGGAUCACGUCCUUGCGGCUUUUCCUGUCUGCAAAGAUGAGGUUGAUAAUCAAGCAUCUAGCAGAACUACUGGUGGACCAAAUAAAGAUGUAAAAUAUUCAUUGACUAUGUUCCCACUACCGGAAAAAGGUGUUUUGUCAAAAACUUUGCCAAACAAGGUAGCCAGGUUAAGUGAAGCCAACAUUAAGUUUGAAGAGGCAACAUCAUAUAAAGCAAAUUCACUAAUAGAUCUCAACAGAUCUUCUCUCUCAAAAGACAGAUGUUUUGCUGAUAGCCUUUACAAAUCUCCCAAUAAUAUAUUCUGCACAGUAAAUACAAUAAAUACUAAUGGUGAACUGGAUUCUGUGGAUAAAACAAAGAACCGUGUUUUUAUGAUGGCAAGACAGUACAGUCAAAAAAUCAAGAAAGCGAAUCAGUUUUUGAAAGUAAAAAGUGCAGAGCAAGAACAAUUUCUGAAUCGGCAACAGAAAUCAAAGCACAAGGACUUAGCAGCCAUUUUAGAAGAGAAGAAACAAGGUGGACCUGCCAUUGGUGCAAGAAUUGCUGAAUAUUCUCAACUAUAUGAUCAAAUUGUAUUCCGGGAAACCUCACCCAAAACACAGAAGAUUACUUCUCAAGAAACAAACAUAAGAUAUUCUUCACCUGUUUCCACGUCUCACUUAGCUGCAGAAUGCUUAAAAGCUGAAAAUUGGCUUUUGCAUUCAACAUAUAGUAAUGGAGAACUUUCUGACUUUUCUCCUUGGCCAGAAACUCCUCACCUGAAGACAAAAAGCUCCCUUAUAGAAAUGGGGGGGACGCCAAAUGUGAGACCUGUAACCUGCUCAGUGCCUUCCUUUCAGACUCCCCUUCGUCCACACAUUCCUGCACAAAGGUGGAGUACUAUUAUAAAUCAACCCAAUAAAGAGAACUUGUAUCACAGCCACCUUUAUAAUUCUUUAGGCAGGACAGAGAGCAGUACAAGGCCACCACCAUCUAGCAGAUCACAGUCCUCUUGCUCCAUUGUGCUCAACAAGUCUGAAGAAUCAAUAAAUUAUCCACCUGAAAUGAAGAAAAAGCAUUUGCAUUCCAACAAAAAAUGUCUGACUGACCACUGUCAAGAAUCAGUGUCUGUUGCCAUCCCUGGCCAUUCAACAUGCAAUGAGACAAAGCAGGCCUCAGAAAAUGUCUCAGAUGUUAUUCUACAAGAUUCUCAGAAAAUUCUGAGAGUGAAAAGGAACUUGCCUUCAAAAGCACAAAUAGCAACCCACAAUUAUUUUAGUAAUUUCAAAGAUACUGACAAUGGAGAAGGAGAUGAUGAUGACUAUGUUGAAAUUAAAUCCGAAGAUGAGGGAUCUGACUUAGAGACUUUCUGUAACCAAACAAAGGACUUGGAUCCCAAAGUAAAUCCGCACCCUACUCAUUUAGAAACUCCCAGUGGCAAAUUGUUGGAUCCUUCUAAACUAUCAGAUCCUUUCUUGACAGCAUGCAAUGAUUCGGACAAAUUGAAUGAUUACUUAUGGAGUGUGCCAUCUAGUAAUCAACCGAAUAUUGUCCAGUCCCUAAGGGAAAAAUUUCAGUGUCUCAGUUCAAGUAGUUUUGCUUAAUGUUGCCUUUUCCCCAAUUCCAUUGUUCAGCCUUAAUGUGUUAUAGUAUGACCACCAGUUCUUGUCUUAUUGUGUGUGUGUGUGUAUGUAUGUAUGUAUGUAUGUACACAUACACACAUACAUACACCCACAAACAAUUAUAGGAACAAUACCUUGCAUUUGUGUCAUUCUGUUCUAGCAACUUUAGUGUAUAUUAGAACUGGCCACAUACACAAGAAUUUCAUAGAGAAACAACGGUGGAACAUCUUCAGUGAUUAAACUUUAUGCAUUCAUAAUUUAUUUGCUUUAACACAGAAGAAUGAACUGCUUUGACUCAACUGAAAUGUACUAAUGUGUUAUAUGUAUGUACUAGUUACGUUGCUACACAGUUCUAAUUAAGUAAAACUGCAAAUGGUACAAACUAAAUGGAUCUUUGGGAUCAAGCAACAACAUUUUUCAGGAAUUCUAAUUUAGGAAAUCCCUUUCCCCCCAAUGCACUAAAUAAUUUAUUUCUACCCCACUUCCAAGCAAUCAUGUUUCCAACUCACAAAUUUGAUACCCACAAAUCAACAGCAGCCUAGGACCCACCUGCAGAGUCGUCUUACUGGCUUUGGCAUCAAUUUGAAGGCAUCUGGGCAUAAGUUGCAAUCUCUGGCAACAAGUCAGAGGGCAUGUAUGCAUGCCCUUAUCAGUCUUAACAUCAAUCAUGCAAGUGGGUCUAGAGAAAACUUUAAAAUUAGGCCGACCAACUAAAUAGCUUCUUCAGGUUGGCAUAGGUUUCUCCCCCUUGCUUAUGUUGCUGUACAUACCCUUUUUGUAAGACAGCUUCAGUUUGAAACACUUGAAAAAAAUACGUGAAUACAUCUAUACAAUCAAAUUUCAUAUGAAGGAGAGUAAUGAUCUAAGUACCAACUGAAGUACCUUUUACUGAGCAGGAUUUGCUUUCUUACAUCAUUCCACCAAAAGGGAUAACAGCAGUCAGAAUUUUUAUGACAUGAGUGGUGACUUGGUGAUUUGGCAAAGCCAUCAAAUUAGCAAGUACACAAUCCCUUUUACUAAAAUAAGUACUGAAAGAGAUAUGCUCCUUGAAUUACUUUGAAAUUCAUCAUUCUGAUGUUUUUUCUUAGUAGAAUGCUAGUUCACUUUUAUUUUUCUUGUAUCAGGAAGCUGCCCCGACUUCAGUAGAAAAACUGACUGCAAAUCGAAGUGUGUUUAGUAAGCAGAUGAAAAAUAAGUUCAUAUGAAUUUAGGGAUUUAUUUAAUAAAAUAUGUAAAAUAAUAUAAAUAUAGUAAUAGGAAUCCAGAUACAGUAACAAGGUUGUGUCUGCUUUAUUAUACUGGAGGAUUGUUGUUAAUCUUAAAAAAAAUAGUGAAAUAUGUAACGUAGUCAUAUAAGGGACAAGCGUCAGUAUAUUUUGAGUACUUUUUAACCUUGCUGGCAGGGAAUAAAAAUAGCUGAAUUCAAUAUGGAUGAGCACCUAAGACAUAGUUUUUGUAAAAGCAAAGGGAAUGAUAAUGAUUUUUCUGGUCUGGAUGAAAAAAUUCUGAGGAACUCCACCUCUAACUUUUUUAUAUAGUUCUUGAUUGUAGAUAGCUACCCCAAAAUUAGACAAAAGUAUUUAAUUUGGGGAGGGGGGGCUGCUUUAUAAAAUACGUACAGUAGCCAAAAUAGAAAGGAAACCAUUGUUCACCUGUGUGAAUAUUAUGUUCGCAUUGGUUAGUUGAAUAACGCAAAAGAUCACACAUUUUUCUGAAAAUAUUUUAAACAGAUUUAUUUACAGGUUCGGAAGGCUAAUUCUAUUCAGAUUUUCAGAUUGCUCCAAGGAUAUGUUUUUCUAAGUUCUUGUGUUUAAACAGAACAAGUAGGUGCCGUUUCAUCUACAGAAUGUAAGUUAACCUUUGGGUGACAAGAUAGGCCUACACAUUUGUUCAUUAAAUACGGAAAAAGUAAAAAUGGUUGUUAAAAUUAGAAUAUUGGGGGCAGAGAAUAUUGUAUGUAAGGGGCUUGCUAUCACAUGUACUGUACAUUCUUUGUUGUCCAGUUCUAAAGGUAGGCAUAUCAUCUUUUUAAUAAUUUACAGCUCUCCUUCAAAACUUUAAAGAGAUUUUAGAGGAGCCUUAUUUUUAUCCAGGUAAUAUUGUCUGUAAAAAAAGUCUAAUUGUUUUUUUUUUAAAUCUAUUCUGUAUUUACUGGUAGUACCUGCACUAUACUACUGGACAAAUGCAAAAUGAAGUUGCUUAUUCUGGGUGGAUUCACACCAACUUUCCUAGUUUCAACAUAUCAUGUGUUACCGUUUUAUUCUAUUGAUAAGAAAUAGACCCUCUGUGUUGCACUUUUACAUAACUCAUUUUGUAAAGACUAUGUAAAAAUAUAUGUACAUGUAGAAGAGUUCUUUUUUCUCCUUUGUUAUGCUUAAAAGCUGACUGUAAAGCAUGUCAAACCUGUAAGUGCUGUGUAGAAAAAAUAAAUACUACUUGCUUGCAGCAGUUACCUCAGACAUUUUAUGAACUACUUUAUUUAAUUUUGCAGAAAUAGAUAGUUGCAGAGGCUCUAUUUUUUUUAAGAAAUAAUAUCUUUUAAAGCUUUUCUGUACUAACCCUUCAGCUACCUUGUUCUGCAAUUAUUGUCUUUUUCUGUCCAUGCAGCAGCCUGGAGAAGAAAACAUUAAAGCUUAAAUACAAAAUCAGUGCAUUCAAGCCAUAGCAAGAAGGUUGGGUUUCUAUACCCAGUAAGCUAGUCAAAGUGACGAAAGGCCUAGGCAAAAUGAAUAUUAAUAUUUUCACUCAAAAUAACCUUUCCUUUCACCUGUAAGACAUAUUAAAAUCACUACAACUAAUUUGGAAAAAAGCCCUGUCUAGACUACCAGGAGUGGAAUUUAAUUAUGAACAAUUAAAUUAACAGGCCAGGAGCAAAGUCUACAAAGCAAACCUACUAUCAGUGUCUUUGGCCAGCUGCCAGAGCUUACUAGCAGCUACAAAUGCAACAAAAUCCAA